CCGAGAUACACAGAACGACACGAGCGGAUUCGAACACGUGUUUGUGGGCGAAGUGCGUAACGGCGAGGUUAUGGGGCUGCACAACUGGAUCCAGUUUUUCGUUGAGGAGAAAGCAGGGAAGAUUGACUACAAAGGAUACAUCUACCCCAGGCGCAGGGGAAACAAUGUAUGUGUAUGA